AAAAAUUUCACAGAUGAAGGAGACCACAUAUUUAAGAUGGGCAUGAAGAUUCUCCAGCAGUCUAAAAACCAAAAACAAAAAGCAGAAACCUACAUACUCUUUGCCAAAGCAGCUGACUUGGGAAAUUUGAAAGCUAUGGAGAAUGCUUUUCUAUUUGGGAAUUUUGGCAUGCAGAACAUAACAGCAGCUAUCCAAUUAUAUGAGUCCUUGGCUAAAGAAGGAUCAUAUAAAGCCCAAAACGCAUUAGGAUUUUUGUCUUCUUAUGGAAUAGGAAUGGAAUAUGAUCAAGCCAAGGCACUGAUAUAUUACACCUUUGGAAGUGCUAGAGGAAGCAUGAUGGCCCAGAUGAUUUUGGGAUACAGAUAUUUGUCAGGAAUCAAUGUUCUACAGAAUUGUGAAGUUGCCUUAAAUCAUUACAAGAAAGUGGCAGAUAAUAUUGCUGACAAAUUGGAAAAAAGUGAAGUUUUUCCAGUGGAAAAAGUGAGACUAACUGGAAGACCUGAAAAUAUGAAUUCUAACAGUGAGAUUUUGGAUUGGGACAUAUACCAAUACUAUAAAUUUUUGGCAGAAAAAGGAGAUGUUCAGAUACAAGUAUCUCUUGGACAAUUAUAUCUAACUGGGAGGAAAGGUCUAGAUCAGGAUUACUAUAAAGCAUUAUACUACUUUUUAAAGGCAGCAAAGGCCGGGAGUGCAAAUGCCAUGGCAUUUAUAGGAAAGAUGUAUUUAGAAGGGAAUGCUGCAACACCACAAAAUAAUGCUACUGCCUUCAAAUAUUUUUCCAUGGCAACCAGUAAGGGUAAUGCAAUUGGUCUCCAUGGGCUCGGUCUUCUUCACUUUUAUGGGAAAGGAGUUCCUGUGAAUUAUGCUGAAGCACUUAAAUACUUUCAGAAAGCUGCACAGAAAGGAUGGCCCAAUGCACAGUUUCAGUUAGGCUUCAUGUACUACUAUGGCUCUGGAGUAUGGAAGGAUUAUAAACUUGCCUUCAACUAUUUUUACUUGGCAUCUCAGAGUGGGCAGCCCCUUGCCAUUUAUUAUCUGGCCAAGAUGUAUGCCACAGGAACAGGAGUGUUAAGAUCAUGCAGAACUGCUGUGGAGCUUUAUAAAGGUGUCUGUGAACUAGGCCACUGGGCCGAGAAAUUCCUGACUGCAUACUUUGCGUAUAAAGAUGGUGAUAUAGAUUCUUCUCUUGUUCAGUAUGCACUACUGGCAGAAAUGGGGUAUGAAGUAGCUCAAAGCAAUUCAGCAUUCAUUUUGGAAUCUAAAAAGGCCAAAAUUCUUGUAAAAGAGAGGAUGUAUCCAAUGGCACUUCUCCUAUGGAAUCGAGCUGCCAUUCAAGGCAAUGCAUUCGCUAGAGUAAAACUUGGAGAUUACCAUUACUAUGGCUAUGGGACUAGGAAGGACUAUCAAACAGCAGCCGCUCAUUACAGCAUCGCAGCUUCCAAAUAUCAGAGUGCACAAGCCAUGUUCAACCUGGCGUACAUGUACGAGUAUGGGUUAGGGAUCACAAAGGACACCCAUUUGGCCAGGAGAUUGUACCAUAUGGCUGCUCAAACAAGUCCAGAUGCUCACGUACCUGUGUUCUUUGCCCUCAUGAAACUGGAAACUGUGCAUUUACUCCAAGAUAUCCUGUUUUUUAAUUUCACAAUGAAAUGGAAAUGGAUAAAAUUGGACAACAGCCUUGGACCACACUGGGAUUUAUUUAUGAUUGGCCUAAUUGUUGCUGUGCUGACCUUCUUGCUCAGAAAUCACUAUGGGUAGUGUCUGGAUCAUGGGAAAACCUGCUCCUGGGAAACAGCUCACUUCAGGUUGUCCUCACUAAAUAAAGA